CUUCAGUUCCUUUUUCCCGAGAAAGACCAGAAAGGAAAAGAAAAGAAACGAAGACAAAUUAAACAUCUGGUUUUUCCGGGAAAUAGCUGUUUUUUCACGUUUAUCUCUUCUGUUGAAUCCCCCCAUCUCAUCCUCUUAGAAAAUCCUUUAUCUCUGUUUUAUGGGGUUGGAGCUGAAGACAACAUUUGCCUUUGUUAUGUGCUGAUUUUUCCCCAAAAUCACUUUUCCUGCUGUUCCAUGCAACAUUUUGACUGCCAUUUCUGUUUCUGACCUUGUAAAUAAACGGGAAGAUGAAUUGCUUUCAAUGUUGCAUGUCCGAGGAGAAGGUCAAUAGGAAGUCUUUGAAAAAGAGCAUUAAGGAGUAUAAUGACACCAAAACUUUAGCCUCUUUUGCCAACAUUUCCUUCAAAUCUGAUAGCAGCAGGCGAAGGUACAUAACUGAGGAGAUAAAGAAGUUAGGAAAAGGAAACAUCUCAGCCCAAAUUUUUACGUUUCGUGAGCUAUGUGUCGCGACGAAUAACUUCAACCACGAAAAUCUGUUGGGAGAAGGUGGUUUUGGAAGGGUUUACAAAGGCGUCAUUGAGGCCACGAAACAAGUAACGGCCGUGAAGCAACUCGACCGAAAUGGGUUUCAAGGAAACAGAGAAUUCCUUGUAGAGGUUUUGAUGUUGAGCCUACUUCACCAUCCCAAUCUUGUUAAUUUGGUUGGAUAUUGUGCUGAUGGGGACCAGAGGAUUUUGGUUUAUGAGUUCAUGGCCAAAGGUUCCUUGGAGGAUCAUCUUCUUGAUAUAGCUUCAGAUAAACCGCCUCUGGACUGGAAGACAAGGAUGAAAAUCGCCGAAGGAGCAGCAAAAGGACUGGAAUACUUGCAUGAAACCGCCAAUCCUCCCGUGAUAUACCGUGAUUUCAAAGCUUCAAACAUAUUGUUGGAUGAGGAGUUCAAUCCAAAGCUCUCUGAUUUUGGUCUUGCAAAGUUAGGUCCCACUGGGGAUAAAUCUCAUGUUUCCACUAGAGUGAUGGGAACCUAUGGUUACUGUGCUCCUGAAUAUGCCCUUACAGGACAGUUGACGACGAAAUCAGAUGUCUACAGUUUCGGUGUCGUGUUUCUGGAGAUAAUCACUGGAAGAAGAGUUAUAGACAAUGCAAGACCAACAGCAGAACAGAAUCUAAUUACUUGGGCACAGCCACUAUUCAAAGACAGAAGGAAAUUUACACUAAUGGCAGAUCCAAAGCUAGAAGGAGAUUACCCAGUGAAGGCUCUGUAUCAAGCUCUGGCAGUGGCAGCCAUGUGUUUACAAGAGGAAGCAAAUACUCGGCCAUUGAUCAGCGACGUGGUUACGGCUCUUGAAUAUUUAGCCGCAAACAAGGAUGUUGAUGCAGACGUAGAUGGCGAAUCAGAUUCGGGAUCCGUGUCAGGAUCGGAAUUGGGAUCAGGUUCAGCUUCUCCUGAUAGAAGUAGUAAUAAUGGAGAUAAAAAUGUUGAUGUGGAGGGUGAUGGGAGGUGAUUUGGAAAUUUGACUAAACAGAUAAAAAGAGACAUUGUGCAGCUCCUGAAAAUUGUAAAUGGGGAAAGCUUGGCUCCCCUUUUCCUUCAUUCUUUGUAAUAUUUCCAAUAUGACAAGGCCAUUUUAAGGAUAUUGGAGUAAAUGUGCAAAAUGAAGUUGUAAUAAGUGAGAUGACGUAAAUAUUCUUUGCA